UCGGCAGGCGUCGCCAUGCACUUCCACCUGGAGAAGGACUGCCAUGCCCGGUCCGACUGCCACAUCCUCUCGCUCUCGUGGAUGGGCCGCGUGCCCAACGAUCUCAUUGAGCAGGAGGGCAGCUGGCGACUGAACCGCUCCAGCUACUACCAAGAGGGCUGGCUGGCCACCGGCAACGCCCGGGCCAUCGCCGGCGUCACCUUCACCUCCUCGCACAGCCGGAAGCACACCGACCUGCCCGUCCGAACCAACUACAACCUGCGCGGACACCGCAGUCAGAUCGUGCUGGUGCGAUGGAACGAGCCCUACCAGAAGCUAGCCACGUGUGACAGCUCGGGCAUCAUCUUCGUCUGGAUCAAGUACGAAGGCCGCUGGAGCAUCGAGCUCAUCAACGACCGCAGCACGCCGGUCACUCACUUCUCAUGGUCACACGACGGUCGGAUGGCCCUCAUCUGCUACCAGGAUGGCUUCGUGCUGGUGGGCUCGGUGGCUGGACAGCGCUACUGGUCCUCCAACCUGCGCCUGAGCAGCAACAUCGUGUGCGGCACCUGGACUCCCGACGACCAGCAGGUGUUCUUCGGCUCUCUGACCGGUCAGCUGGUGGUGAUGGACGUGCACGGCGCGAUGGUGUCCAGCGUCGCGCUGUUGGAGGGCGUCCCCGUCGUGGAGAUGGGCUGGAACUGUGAAAAGUUCAAAAUGGAAGAGCGCGACGAGGCCGUCACCGGCCAGGGAAAACGGAGGCAGCUGGUUCUGGCCGUCAGCUUCGAGAACGGUCUCAUCAACCUGAUGACCAGUUACGACGACAUCACGCCAAUCGUUAUUCGAACAGGCCUCCUCGGGGUCAAGAUGGAGUGGUGCAACAGCGGCGAGCUGCUGGCCGUGGCAGGCCACAGCAUCGGCGCCGACAGCAUGCCGGGCGUGCACACCAACAUGGUGCACUUCUACACGGGCCAGGGCGAGCUGCGUUACACCAGCAGACUACCCUACGACGCUUGCGGCGUUACGGCGCUGACCUGGGGCCACAACGACCGGCGCCUGUUCGUGGCCACGGGCCCUGUGGUGCACGUGGCGUGGAUCGGACGCCGCGUGGCGCCUCUGCAGCUGCUCUGCCGGCUGCGCAUCAAGGACGCGCUGGCGGCGGAGGAGGCGGCCGGCCGGCUGCCGCUGCCGCGCCGCGUCCGCCUGCAGAUGGCCAGCCUCUUCAGCUCCACAUUGCGGUCGCACAUCCCGGACGCCGGCGGCCUUCGUCAGUUCAUCGCCCAGCCGCCGGAGGGCAGCACCCGUCUGCAUUGCACUAUGAUCCGCAAUGAGGACGAGUACGUGACCUCCAGCGCCAUGUACACGCUCUACCUGGAGCACUUCGGCGGUCUCAUCCCACUGCUCAAGGGCAAGCGCACCAGCAAGAUCCGGCCGGAGUUCAUCAUCUUCGACCCGUCAGCCAGCGCGGCCACCAUCCGAGAGACGACGGUGGCGCCGCCCAGUGACAGCUCGGACACCGAGGAGGAGCCAAGCCGCACGCCGCGGCCCGACAGGCGGCGCUGGCGACGCCGGACCGACCGCGAGCCGCCGGCCGAUGACGAGGGCGCCACCGAGCAGCCAGAGCCGGGUUCUGCCACGCUGGCUCAGGUGACGUCCAAUAUCUGGGGCACCAAGUUCCGCGUGCUGGGCCUGGCGGCCUCCAUGCCGGCUGACUUGGGCCAGAUCAGCUACAAGACGUCGCUGCUGCACCUGCAGCCGCGCCAGAUGACGCUCGUGAUGACGGAGCUGAACCGAGACGGAGCAGCUGUCCUUGUGCCCGCCGCCCGCCGCGGCAGCGAAGAGGACGAAGGCGACUGUCACAUGCGCCACAUGUCCACCCAGUCGUCGGCGUCUGUCUCGGAUAGCGCCCUGGGACCGACGGCGCCCCUGGCGACCCCUCGCUUGCCGCGGCCGCCGAACCAGGCUGGCCACCAGGCGGCGCCACUGGGGCGUGACCGCGCCGCGCUGGCCGCCGCGCCCGAGCUGGCGCACCUGCGCGAGUCGCUGCUGCGCAUGAAGCGUGAGAUCGACGCCAAGAUGCGCCCCGAGCCGGUCGACGCCCACUCGAGCAAGGUGCGCGUGCUGAACGGACUCAAUGCGCUGGCUAGCCCGCGUCGCAUGGCGCGCUCGCACAGCGUGAACCGCGGCCCGCCGCCGCCCGGCAAGCCGGAGCGUAUCCCGACCGGCGCCGGUUCGCCGUCUGCGCAACUGGAAGCGCUCAAGUUCAUCGACGACGACGAGGAGGAGCGGCCGGUGGCUCCGCGCAACAUGCCCAACCGCAGCCAAAGCCUCAACUUCAUCAGUGGCCACAGUCUGAGCCUGGACCUGGUGGCCGAGGCGGCCAGCGCGCCGCGCACGCGCGUCGUGCUCGUGCCCAGCACCGGGCACCGGCUGAAGCGGGUCAAGAGUCACAGCCUGGACGCGACGCCGCUGCGCCUGCCCGAGGAGACUCGCGGCAGCCAGAGCAGCCCGGUGACGCCCGUGGCGCGGCGCAAGGAGCGCAAGACUACUGGCACGCCACCUAUCGGUCGACGUCUGCUGAGUUCGCCUCUGCUGUGCCGCCGUCGUAUGCCCAGCUCCACCGACUCGUCUGACGAAGAGGUCACAGAGGUCACAAGGUCGCGACCUUUCACCAACCUUGAGUCGCUGCAGAGGAGUCAGGUCAAAAAUAAGCGCGCCGAGCCGCCCUGCCGCCAGCUGAUCAUGCACAACAUCGCGCCGCUGUGGAACGAGUCAAGCCAAGUGUACCAGCUGGAUUUUGGUGGCCGUGUCACGCAGGAAUCGGCCAAAAACUUCCAGAUUCAGUAUUGCGGUGACCAGGUGAUGCAGUUCGGUCGCAUCGAUGGAAACGCGUACACGCUGGACUUUCAAUACCCGUUCUCCGCCGUCCAGGCGUUCGCCGUCGCUCUGGCAAACGUCACCCAGCGGUUCAAGUGACACCUACCCAUCUCACCGACACCGGAGGUGCUAGGCGAAAUGGAGCCAAUGGUACUGGAGAGCUGGUGAAGCCCACAGUCCACAGCGCCCCUGGUGUUGGUUUUUCGAACUACAACGGUCACGAUUUUGCCAACGAGGAAGCCGCUGUGGCGAACCUUGCGUCCAGUGCAGCCCGCUGGCGCCGCCUGUCGGAGCUCGAGUCAACCACAGUCUGCGGGCCGCAGACCGCUGUUGCCUUCACGGUAUUAAGCCUUCAGUGGUAUAACGAAGUGGCCGGGCGUGCAAUUGGUUGUUCAGCAGUGCAGCGGCGGCUGUCAGCCGCUGUGCGCUGUGCACAUCGCGGCCAUCUGUCUACAGCGCGUUGUGUCGCCGUUCUAACAGCUGACACUGUGCAGGCGACAGAGCCCUGGCUGGGGCAGAGUUGAGCCUGAAGCCAAGCGGCAGCGACGUCUUUACAGGUUCAGACUGUCCAUAAGGGUGCAUUCCAUACUGUAUUAGGCUAUUUAUCACCGACGGACAGCAGUCUUUACCAUUCAGAGUCGAAAGACGAAAUGACAACUGUCCAGGUCCUUUCGCGGAGAAAACCGUAUUUUUGGUGCGUUCCCGAUAAUGUAGCUUUUUAGCGAACGAAUAAACAACUUUUCCUCGGAACAGACGCUGAUAGUUGGCUAGCUGUUUGCUCAUUUCCCGGCCUAAUGAUUCACCAAAUUUUGCGAUCAUCUAUUCCGAAGAAUUAUAAAAAAAUUAUGCCAUACCCUUCCCGCUUGUAUUGUUAAGUAAGGCACUCCCUUCACGGAUAACCAAAGCACACGCGAACUAGUUCCAUAAGGCUCUGUUAUGCCAGCGUAGCUCGCUUGGUCCUUUAGCAUUUCUUGUGAGUGCAAUAUUUUCACGAUUACGUGUACAAAUGUAUUGCUUAAGCCCCUGUUCGUUGUUCAGGUUGAAAAUGUUUGAGAUCAAAAGAAGCAACGUUCGAUGUGUUGCAAUACCGAAUAUGUUGACCCCUCGCAUGUUUCGUUGUAGGUGUGCCGCUGUAUGUUAUAAGGAGGGGGGGGGG